AUGAAGGGCUUUACCUCUACCCGAACGACCAACAAGGAGAAUGGACCUUCGCGCACGAUUCGCCCCAGCCGGAUGCCUCUGUCUGACAUCACCAACGAGGUCGAGUUCCUGCGCCGCUCGCUCGAGAACGACACAUCGGUCAACCGGAGCGUCAACGUAGAACGCGAUAGCACCGCGCCGCGCACUCGCCGUGUGCGUGCGACGACGGCGGGCAAAAAGUCGAAGAUGGCUGGCGGGCACGAGGCAGCGCCGAUCCGGCGGCUCGGCGUCGCGGCUGAGAACGCGCACUCGUCCGACGAGAGCUCGCUCGAGAAUGAGCCUCUCCUGUCCCGCCCUACUGCUACUCGUACAUUUGGCGCUCCUCGCCAGGCGCAGACCGUCGCCGCUGUCGCAUUCCCCACAACCACCACCGGCCCGGCAACUUCCGUGAACACCCUCACCACCCAAUUCUCCAAACUUUCGGCCGACGCGGCGAGCGACCGCCAACCGUGGUCUACUCUCCAGGUCCCUCCCAAGACGCACAAGACGACCAGUGGCCAGGUCGUCAUUCUUCCCUCCCACGCUACCCUCGUCGACUUCCGCGAAGGCGAACGCCGCAAGGGCAAGAAGGGAGACCAAGUCAUCGUUGUGAGUGCAGAUGGUCUCAAUAUUCAGGUCUUCAGCGCCCCUCACCUCAGCACUCCGUGCUGCCUUGCAGAACCCACCGCAACUUACACCUUGAGCGCCUUGCCGGUAUCCUACUACAAGCUAUAUGACCAGGCCCGCAAGGUCAUCGAGCGCAUCAAGAAGCGCAUUCCCAAACUCGUCAUGUAUGAGACCGACUCGACUUGCACGCUGAUGAACAACGGCCCUGUCGCCGACAUCGUCGUCAACCUCGACGCACCCUCUCAGUCGACAAGCUCGGCGCCCGCGGUGCCAUCCGUGCGGGUCAACCUCUCGCGCAAGUUACUCACCUGUGAGAUUUCGACGUCCACUGGCACCGAGGCACGCGGCGGCGAGUGGAACCGCAAGGUUCUCUUCUGGCGUGGCCGCGAGGAAGGCAUUGGUGCGGAUGAGACACGCCGUCUUGGUCUUCGCGAGCGCAAGGCUGUCAAGGUUCUCAUGGACUUCCUCCCUGUCGUUGACAGUGUUGAGGCCCAGCGGAGUGAUGCACCGACUGUCAUUGACCACCGGCCGCGUGGCGCCAAGCGCCCACGCCAGCCGUCAUCGCUCUCGACUGGUGCCAGCGCUGCUGCCCGUGAGACCAUUGCUCGUGGCAUGCCUCGUCCCAGGAAGGGAAGCACAGUGCCUCUCAGCACGGCGGCGCCUAAUGCCGCACCCGCUUCGUCUCGCAUCACCGAUACGCCCUCGACCGGCUCCCUUGCCUCGCUCAACAUAUCUCCCCGCCCCAAGCUCGGCCUGGGCGCAUCGCCGGCGAAGACAACGACCACAACUCGCAAGGCCAGCAGCACCGCCGUAGCUAGCAGCCCUUCCAGCGCCGCACCGCGCGAAUGGGAGGCUGCCGCCAAGUCUGCCGAGUUCACGAGCGAGGAUCCGAUGGACAUGCGCUUCUUGCCCGAAGUUGGCUGGUGCAUCCGCUUCGGUUCGGGCGCUGGUACCUACCGCAUCAUGUUCCUCGACGGUGCUGUACUCGAGGUUGGCGUCGCCGACGAACGCGUCACUUUCGCUCCCCGCGAGGGUUCUGCGACGAAGAGCACCGUGCGCGACUGCCAUGCUCAACGCGAUGUUGGCGAGCGCAUGAAGGUCUUCGAGGAGUUCGUCUCCAUGUUCGACGGCGCCGACGAAGAGUGA